CUCUCUCUACUCUACUAUAGUUAGCGUUAUUAUUGGAGAGAGAGAGAGAGAGACAGAGGGAGAGGUCGAGAGGAACCCACCUCAGUUUUCGCUUUCUAGGAAACCAUAUAUUGAGGGGGAGAGAGAUAGAGAGAAAGGGAGCGUAUGUUUGAGGGGAGAGAGAGAGAGAUAAAGAAAGAAGCUCAGAGAAGAAGGGAAUUGGAGAAGAUGAUGAAGGUGAUGAUGAAGAGAGAGAAAGGUCGGCAACAAUAACAAGAGCAGAAAAUACAGAAGAAAGAAAAGCCAAAGGGACAGUGGUAGUAGUCUUACCAACAGAAGAAGCAGAAGCAGAAGAUGAUGCUGCAGUACUCCGCUUUAAGAGCGAGAAGAUAGAAAGCAACCCAACAAACAAGAUCUCCAUCUCUCACUCUCUCUCUCUUCUCUCAAAAUUAACUCUAUUUUUUUUUUCUGUCUCUCCCUCUUAAAAUCUCUCUGAGAGAAUUUCAGUGACCCCACUCACAUAGCACCUACACAGAUAUAUCCAUAGAUUGUGUCCAAGAUCACAAAUCUCUCUCUCUCUCUCUCUCUCUCUCUCUCUUUGAAAUCCAUAGUAUAUUUAAUACAAACACCCAGCAUCAGUUGUGGCUACUACAAGGAGGUUACCUUCAGAUUCUGGAGCCUUCGCAGACUGGGUGGCUACGUCCUCAUCCGGCGCGGGCCGAGCCGCGCCGGAUGAGCUCUCCCUCGGCUUCAAUGCCGGACCAGCCGCCGCAGGAACCAGCACCGGACCCACCUCCGGAAUGUGGUCCGCCACGCCCUCCAGGCCCGUCAACUACGGCCUCGCUCCCACCGAUAUGGGCAUGGUAGGCCUGCGCGACCUCUUCGUCGUCGCCCCCGCCUCUUCCUUCAACCAUCACCACCACCACCACCACCACCAGCACGACCCCAUCAUCUCCGAUCCUCAUUCCAUCAACGCCUCCAACCCCGCCACUGCACUUGGCGUCGGGGUCGGCGUCGGCGUCUUCCCUCUCCUCACCGCUGCUCCCUGUCUCGCUUCCGCCUCCAACGUCGGCGUCGAAGAUGACAACAAUAUGCUCAGCAGUAGGAGCAGGAGCGGCGGCGGAGGAAUUCACCUCUGGCAGAACAGUAAUCAGCCAACCGCCCAGCAUGGGCAUUAUUUCAAGAAACCAGCAAUUCUCGAUCACGGCGGUUCGGGUAAUAAUUUGGUCCAGAGCGGCGGCGUUGGUGGUGGGAUUGGCGGGUCACCCACGACCACCUCGUCCACUGGUACCGCCACGUGUCAGGACUGCGGCAAUCAGGCCAAGAAAGAUUGCAGCCACAGGAGGUGCAGGACUUGUUGCAAGAGCCGCGGUUUUGAUUGCGCCACUCACGUGAAGAGCACGUGGGUGCCCGCGGCUCGGCGGAGGGAACGUCAGCUCAUGGGCGCCUCUGGUUCUGCCGCCGCCGGCUCUUCCGGGGCUACCUCCGGCGCCAAAAAACCUAGACUCAUCGGCUCGCAAACCACAACAACCUCUCAUACUUCCACUUCCAACACCACUCCCCCAAGAAGCUUCGAUACAAGCUCUAGUCAUCAAGAUGCGAGCUUCAAAGAGGGUUUGCCCGGUCAAGUACGUGCACCGGCGGUUUUCAAGUGCGUGCGGGUGACAGCGGUGGAAGACGGCGAGGACGAGUACGCAUAUCAGGCGGUUGUAAAGAUCGGUGGCCAUGUCUUCAAAGGGUUUUUAUACGAUCAAGGGCUUGAAAAUAGAGAAGGGUAUCCUAAUAUAUCGGAAUUGCAUUUAGGCGGUGGCAGCGGCGGUGGCGGUGGGGUUGCCGGGAGGAAUGGGGCGUCGUCGUCGUCCCCAAUCCUCGACCCGACCGAUGUCUACGCUGGCGGAGCAUUGCUCGGAGGUUCAAGCUAUGGUAAUCCAAUAAAUUGAAACAUCCUUUGGAGUCGGGGAAGGAAUGACAUUGUAGGAUAAUUCUUCUUUCUGUUUACCAAGUACUGAUAAGAUUAUGUUAAAAUUGUUCAAUAUUCUUGUAUCUUAUUAUCAUAUGUCUUGGCUUCU